CAGCCCGCGCGCGUUGCCGCAGAUUUGACGCGUGCAGCUGUGCUGAACGAAAGCUGGGUUCAAGUGCGCCCUUGUUCCUUACUCUUUGUCUUGCUUUUUUCCACAGUUUUCUUUGAAAAUGACCAGCGCAACAGAGGUGCUGCACCUGCUCGUGAUGCAGGAUGCCGAGACUGUCACGUACCGCCGUCUCAGCCGCGAGCUCAGCGUGCACGUCAACGAAGCAAAGUCCCUGAUGUACGACUACUACACGAAAAAGCUGGGCUCAUGCCACGCAUCGUUCCUGGUGUCGGGCACCGAAAAGUCUGGCAAAUCGUCACGCUUGCUGGUAAAGAUUGUUUCAGAGGACGAGCUGGCAGACGCUAAGCAGGGGCUGAGCAAUGUGUCAUCGCAUAUCUACUCGCUGGAGCGUAAAAGGGCGGACCGGGAGAUGUUGGUUGCGUCCAAUUUGGCUGCGGGGAGCAUCCGUGAGAUGGCUGAUCUAAGUGCUGUUCGCAAUGGCUAUAUCACGCAGAAUGAGCGUGGGGCGAGUGCAGUGUUUGCAAAGCCAGCAACUGCCUCGACGCCAAAGGAGGUCAAAAAGGAGAAGGAGGAGCUGGCUAGCAAGGAGCCAAACGACGUUGUUAUGGAGGACCGAACUCAGCCGGCCAAGAAGGCUGCCACAUCGUUCUUUGGUCGGCAGACUGCAAACAAGCCAGCGGAGAAGCGGGAAAUGAAGAAGGAGAUCAAGAGGGAACCGAAGCACCCGGAGUCAGCGAAGCAGGAGAUCGCUGCUAAGAGCAAGGCCAAGCCCACACGGCCCAGUUCUGGCGGUAGCAGGCCGGCAAAGAAGCCCUCUCCCCCUGCCAUCGAGCCGCCCAGUUCACCCGCAAGUAAGCUAGGGCGGAUGCGUGUCGAGGACAUGUUUGACGACGACGACGACGACGACGACGACGAUUUCGAGGAUACCCGCAAGAAGGAGCCAGAGCCCAUAGCACAAUCCGAAUCCGAGCCGGAGCCGGCACCAGCCACUAUCCCAUCGGAGCAGACGCGCAAUGAAGCACAGAACGACAUGGACAUAGAUAGCCCUGAAGAUCCAGUGAAGGAGGAACCGACAGAGGUACCCCCAGCGAGUGGUGGCCGCAGAGUGCGCAAGCGCAGAAAGGUAUCGCGGGUCAAGCACACGAAGAACAGCAGCGGCAUGUUGGUCUCGGAAACCGUCGACGGCUGGGAGUCGUAUUCCGAGUCCGAGCCCGAGAUGCCUAGCAAGCCUGUACGCAGACCUGCGGCAGCGGCAGCAGCAGCGGACCCAGAAGACACAGCGGCCAAGCCCAAGAAGGGAAAGGGCAAGCCGGCGGUGAACCAGCGCUCGCUGCUGAGUUUCUUUGGCAAAAAGUGAUUUUUCUUAUAAACAACAUUGGAAACAAAAAAUACAAGUCUAUCGACCGAACGUCACUGCCUUCGGGUCCAGCGGCAAGCCGGUGGCCGGGUCAAUGCCGUUGCUUCGCAUGACAAUCUGCUGGCGAAUCAGCCGGGCUUUGUCGAACGACACGCCUCUGGUCUCCAUGAUAUGCCGCACCUCGUCGCUGUCCAGACCGGGCCGCUCAUCGCCGUCAAUAUGUAGUCGGUCGAGGUUCUUGUCGGCGCGUCGUCAUCCAUAUUUUAUGUUAGCGAGUGAA